AUGGCUGUACCAUGGUACGAAGACAUCUUGAAUAUUCAUGUCCAUGAAUCUCCUGGAAGUCUUUUUGACUCUCCAGACGGCUCAGCGCUGAUCCGUAUGUCAACUUUCUCUGUCAUGCAAUGGUUUCUAUCUCUAUCUACUAACUACACUGCUUCAGAUGCGUGCAACUGCAUGGGAGUAUGGGGCUCGGGUAUCGCAAACGACUUCCGACAGAGAGCAAGUGGAUCCGAUACCACCCACUCCUACCCCGCAGCUCAUGAGCACUACAUUGAUUAUUGCCGGGCCUAUCUUCUGGCUCCCAAAAGCCACCAAAUUAGUGGGCCUGCCCAGCAAGACGCCAGCAACCUCAGAACAGUUCGCUUUCCAUUGGGAACAGCUCUUGUGAUCCCACCCCAGGAAUUGGACAUUAUUCUUCAUGGCAGCCAUCAUUGGAUUGUCUGUCUUUUUGCCUCAUACGGGUAUGGCCGUGCCCGUGAUCCAAGAGAUUCUAUUGAGUGUAGCGUUCAUGCUGCUCUCCAAGACCUCUCUCGUCAACUGAAUGAGCUGGAAAUAAAUGCCACCUUCAACACAGAUUGGCCCCAGCUUUUAUGCUCCAACCGGUUCUGCUCAGGCUACUUUCGUGUUCCGUGGGGUAGAAUCCGUCCAUUGAUUGAGAGUUCCGGAUUGCAUAUCAACGUUUGCACAAAUGAUGCGCCCGCUCCUCCUCCCGACCCACGGCUAGCAUGGUAG